AUGUCCAAGUCGGCGCUCAUAUUUGGCGCCAGUGGCGUGACGGGAUGGGCGUUUGUAAACGAGAUUCUGAAUGACUAUCCGAAGGAGGAAAUCUGGGACAAAGUCUAUGCUUUGACGAAUCGGCCACUCAACCAGAGCGAUUCUUUGUGGCCAAACGAUGAGAGGCUGACCAUCGUCUCGGGGAUCGAUUUGUUAAAGGGGAGCCAGGAAGAUCUUGAGGGUGCAUUUCAAAAGAUCGAGGGUAUUGAGAAGGUGACACAUGUGUACUAUUUGGCAUAUAAGGCCUCAUCGGAUCUCUUGCAGGAAUAUAAAGAUGCAGUCGAGAUGUUUAAGCGCUCCACUACCGCCAUGGACCAUCUCAGCUCAGCACUGGAAUUUGUAGUGCUCCAAACAGGUGCAAAAAUGUACGGCUGUCACCUUCUGGAAAACCACCCUACGGAUUACAUUCACGUUCCCUUGAGAGAAUCGCAUCCACGUCUCAAGUCUCCAUACUACGAGACCCUCUUCUACCACCCGCAACUUGAGUGGAUCACUUCUUACUCCAAAGACAAAUCGUGGAAUUGGUGCGACACGAGACCGGAUAUCAUCAUUGGAUUUGUCCCGAAUCAAAACUUCUACUCGCUUGCAACCUCAAUAGCUGUGUUUCUGUCACUCUGGGCUGAAGUUGAAGGGAAAGGCUCGGCUUGUCCGUACCCAGGGAGUCACAAAGCUUGGGUUGCGAAAUCAAUUGACAGUUCAAGUGACAUGAUUGCAAGACAGACAAUUCAUCUUUCUCUCGCACUCUCAAAGAGUUCAAAGGGAGAAGGAUUCAAUGUCGCGGAUGCAAAGGAACCAAAGUCCUGGGAGACAAAGUGGCCGGAAAUUUGCUCAUAUUUCGGAUUGAAGGGGGUCGGGCCACCUAGCGAAGGAGAACCGACGGAAGUGAGGACGUACAUCAAGAAACAUUUCAAUGCAUGGCAGAAUUUGGAGAAAAAACAUGGUCUAAGAACUGGGAUUGCGGACUCUGAACUAACAUUCAAAGGGUUUGAGUAUUUCCUCCUCACGCAGUUCGACUUCGAUAGACAGUAUGACAUGAAGAAGAUGUACGAGACAGGGUUUAAAGAAGAGAGGAGCACACUGCAAACAUGGGGUGGCGUAUUUGACAGGAUGAAGAAGGCCAAGAUAAUUCCUUAA